AUGCCACGCGACAUGAAAUCUGUUCAGACGCGGACUUGCCAUACUUGCAAGAAGACAUUCUCGAAAGCAGAGCAUUUGACGCGCCAUCUCCGCAGCCACACCAAGGAGAGGCCCUAUGAAUGCUCUGUAUGUGGGAGGCUCUACUCCCGAAGCGAUGUACUUCGGCGCCAUGAAAAGAGCCACCAAAAUGACUCGCCUCCGUCUCAAGGCCACGCCGAAGGCGAGACAACAGUUCUCACGCCAUUAUCUCCAGAACUUCCUAACCCAGUACCGGGGCUCCGUCGCUCUUCCUUCGUAACAGCACCGCCCCCCCAGGUGCGAGACAUACAGGGGAGUCAGGAUUCUAAUUUACAGCCAGUUGAUGGGAUGGACCUGCACGACCCCAUCCUCCAGGCUGAUUCAAGUUCCUGGUUCCUGGGGGCAAACCUUGAUUUGAAUGCGUUGGACUUUUCGCUUUCUUCGGCAAUAUCUGAGUGGGCUCAAAUUCCACCUAUGCCAUCAGCAUCAAAUUUUGCUGACCCGGGGACUCUCUCUACAUCAACACCUACGUUUCCUAGAGCUAUCCCGGCGGGGGUUCGCAGUUCGCCGGCAGAUAGCGUCAAGGAAAAGUGGUUUACUCGUUUAUCUGGUUUUAGAAAUGGAGGCCCGGAUGGUCCGGCUUCUAAAAAUUGUUGUGGGCUGUUUGGCCAGGGCAACAUUGUCGCAGAUGAAUCAUACCGGGCCGACUUGUCUCAGAGACUCCAACCGCGAAUGCAUGACGGAGCCUUACCGUCGUCAGAACAGCUAAACCUGUUUGCGAAACUCUACUUCAGCCGAUUUCACCCACUGUUCUCCGUUGUUCAUGCCCCAUCAUUUAAACCAACUCUCGAAAAUUCCCUACUGUUUAUAUCAAUUUGUUCUGUUGGAAGCCUUUUCGUCGGGUCUUCGUACGCUAUUGCACAGGGCUUGCAGCUAUUUGAGAGGCUUAACAAAGCUAUCCUGGCCUCUUGGGAAUCUAUAUUGGCAAACAGCUGUUCUGACGCGCUUUAUAUGGUCCAGGCGGGCAUACUCGGCCAAACAUACGCCGUACUAUCUAGCCGUCCUAAGGACCUCGUGUUAGCAGAUGUCUUACACGGUACGGUUAUGGCAUGGGCCCGCGAAUCUAAUAAGAAUGCACUGCCCAGCCCGAUCAGUCCAGAUGACGUGACCUGGAGCGGCAUCAAUGUGGACGAACAAUGGAGUCGAUGGAUCGAUCAUGAACAGAGAAGACGGGUAGAGAUUGCGCUAAACAUACACGACGCGGAACUUGCCAGCUUGUUACACCACGAGCCUAUUCGCAAACACCGGCUCUCACAGUAUCCAUAUCUCGCAUCUGAUGCCCUAUUCAUGGCACCGACCGCAUCUAGCUGGGCGCAGCAGUACAAACAGUCAUCGGACCCCUCGCCUUCUCCAGGGCUUUUCGACGACCCUUUACAGGAUGCCGGAGGGGAUUCUAAAUUUGGGGCCUAUGCGGUUCUAGAGAGUAUCCAUGCGUUUGUGAUCGAAGCCCGGCGUUCAAAUUCCUUCAAUGAGCACGAGUCGAAACGAUUAUCAAACCUGCUGAUGCGCUGGUGGAGGAGGCACAGCGUCCACUUUGUCGAGGACGAAGACGAGGACCCAUUUAGUUUACCUGUUCUAUGGCACUCAGUGUACAUGACCAUUUAUGCCGACAUGGACCUACUGGAACGAGCUAGCGGUCGUGACGGCCUGCCUGCUACUACUACAGCACAUUCUUUGGUUCGUCCUUGGGCAAACUCACUAGAUGCGAGUAAAUGCUUAGUCCACGCAUUGCUCGUUCAGCGCUACUUAGAGAGGAUGCGAGUUUCAUCGGAGCCAGCAAUCCACGUACCACGUAGCCUCUUCCAUGCCGCCCUUUCCUGGCUCUGCUUUACUCGCAUUGGAGGCCAGCAAACCGUCAACUUGAAGGCUUUCGAUGCGCCAGAAAUCCAACUACUGGGCAGUGACACGGCCCUCCAUGAAGCACAAGGUCAAGCAUUUGGUGACUCCACAUUCGCAGACGUCAAUCACUUGCAUCGACUUAUUGACCUGCUGAAUCGGGUCGGGCGCUGGGCUAUCUCGUCUUCGUUUUCAUCUGUGCUGUGCGCAGCGAUAGAAGGAUCAGAUCCAUAG